AUGCCGAGGCUGGCCAACUUCAAACGGCCAAAAAUUGCAAUCGACACAUUUCAUGAAGAAGCAAUCGAUACACUCGCGACAGCUGGACACCCUGCGGGACGUAAACUGCGCCAGCUGAUCGACCCACUUGCCGUCGCAGAAGAAUCCAUUCGAGCUACAAUUGAUAGCAGACGUGAUGCCGUGGCUCGACAAUACAUCUGGGUUAACCACCGACUAUAUCGACGAACCAAGGAUGUGGAGGAGUGUCGUCAGGUUAUUCAAAAAGGCGAGACGUUACAGCUAUUGCAAGAAUGCCACAACCACCUACUGUCCGGCCACCAGGGUGUAUCGCGAACUUUUCAACGCGUCGGAUGUCACGGAUCUGCAAGUGGACUCAAUAUCUGA